AUGAAUGAAUCACCAAGUGAAGAAGGUAAAAUGAAAAAGGAAAGACAAGAACAUGAAGAUGAAUCAGAAGGUAUACAUGAUGACGAAAGCGUUCAGGUAAAUAACGAAUUCCGUAGUAUUGAAAAAAAUGAAGACUGCGCAAGUGAGAAGUGGACAAAUGAGAAUGAAGCAACUUCUAAUGUGAAAGAUGAUUUGUACGAAUUGAUUAGCUACAAAAAUAUAUGUACCGUUAACGAAGGCGGCAGUGAUGGCCACAAAAUAUGUCACAAUAAUGUGCCAGACGAUUUGCAAAUGUGCAAAAAGAAUUUUUUAAGUGAUAACAAGACGGAUUUCUCAAUAUCAGACAUCAAGGGUUCCAUGAAUGACAAUUCAAUGCACACCCGUUACAACAAUAGCAUGAGCGAUAACGGGGAAAGCAGAAAGAUCAGCAACGAUAGCCAUAGGACUAAUGGCACUAACAGAAGCAAAGACAAGGGACGCAGUUGUGACGAUCAAAAGGGUAGAGUGAAUGUAGAGAACCCUGAAAUAGCUGAUAUAGCAAUAGAAAAGGAGAAACUCCCUAAAUUAGAAGCGGACGAGAUGGGCCACACCAAAAGGCACAGGCUUCCUCUUGAUCUGCAUCACAAUCGUAAAAAGUUCCUCAUCCAAAGGGGAAGAAGAGAACGAAGCAGUAUUGCAACAUACAGUGACUUUCUAAAUGACAACCGAAUAAAUAAGACUCUCUCGCCGAAGGCACUACAGAUAAAGAAGCAAAUGCUUAGCAGUGUUGCAGAUGAUACAUUUGAGAUACAAAAAUAUAGGAAAAAUAUAUUUUUAAAAAGUUUACACAGUGACGGGAAAAAUUACCAUUCAGAUAUUGAUAACUCCAAAAGGAGCAGUUUUUUUAGUUGUAAAUAUUUACAAAAUUUAAAUUUUAAUAAAACAAGUGUGAGUAGUAAUUUCCCAAAGCACUUGUCAUCACCGCAUGGCAUAACUAAUCAUCAUGAUUGUAAAACGAAGAUUAAAAGAAUACAUUUUUCCAAUCAUAGUGAUAAUAAAAUGUACAGUUGUUUUUGCAACUGCGAAACAAGUUGUGAAAGGAAUUCCUAUUCCGACACAUAUGUAAUUUGCUCCCCUCCAAAAAGAAAGGGGAAAACUAAAAGUCCAUAUAACAUCCUCUUGUAUGAUAAAUGUGUUAAAAAAUAUCAAUGCAAUGAUAGGGAAAAUAAAAUGGUAUUUCCCAAUUCUUCCCAAUUGUAUGACUCAUUUUUUUGUACACAUAAGAAGAGAAAAGGAGGAAGUGAAAUUAACCAAGGAAAGAAUUCGCGCUUCAGAACGAGGGCGAAUUGUCUUCCUUACCAAAAUUACAACUUAACAUUAAGGAAUAUUCAGAAGAGAAAAAAAAUUUACUUUCAUUUUACAAGAAAUAGAAAAUGUCUUGAGAAGAAAAAAAAAGGCGCCCAAACAAAAAAGAGCGAUGUAGUAGGCGCACACCGCUUAAGCGAAGAACCAAAUAAAAUUAUUACUCCAGUGAAGGAAGGGCGAAGCCCCAAGGGAUAUAAUGCCCCUCUUGAAGAGAAAGCAGAUUCACAUCCAAACGUUGUGCAGGGCAAUUCGCACGAAGUGGAUAUAGAACCACCAGACAGGACAGCUGAGGGGGAACAGACCGCGCAAGAGUCAAGACCACAAUUAACGAAUGAAUAUGAAGAGGAAAUAAAAGAGAAUAACCCAGACAAUGAACCGCUAGCAACAAACGUGUUUGUCGAAACUAAUAAACAGGUCAAUCAACCCCUCACUGAUUCCGCAUUAGGGAAAGAACAAAACCAAAUGGCAGAGGGACCAUGUAAAGAACUCAAAAUAACGGGAAAAAAUUUCUUCAAAUAUGAUGAGGACAUAUUUGAAAGUUUCUACAACGAUGUGCAUUUAAGAAUUGGAAAGAUUGUUACAAAUAAGAGAAAAAAGUAUUUUCUAACUUACAAAAUUGUUAAAGAUUCCUUCUUUCGCAUUUUAAUUUUGAAUAACGACAAAUUGGAAAAAAAUAUUCUUCAGGUGAUAGCCAUUCAGGAUGUUAUUUUGCACGAUAAAAAUGUCAAAAUUAUUAGCGACCCCUUUUAUGUAAGAAAUGGUUCGAAGCUUUACGCUGUGAAGUUCUUAAAGGUGUUUAGCUUAAAGAAUUUAAAAAAAAUUAAAAAAAUGAGCGACAUAAUAUUUUCCGAUGCGGAGGACGCGAAUGUUAAUGUGAAAACGGAAAAUUGUGAAUCGGUUGAGUUUCACAGUGCAGCUGAGGAUAAUGCAUCCUCGGCCGCUAAAGAAGCAAACGCUCUGGAUAAAGACUAUUUGAGUAAAAAGACACUUAAUCAGUCGGCGGAUGAGCCCCUAAACGGGAAUCAUUCGCAAGACGCAGGACAGAACGGAGGGGGCCACCGUAAGGGAGAAAUAAAAGAAGGUACACAGGAUGUGGCGGCUAUUGGUGCGCAGAGAAACGCGCCUGAAGGGAGCAACAAGAGCGAUGGUGAUGGAAGUAAAGGCAAUAAGUGUAGCGAUAACGAAGCUGAGGAGAUACGCGCCGUGAACAACUCAAGCGACAACUGCGACAAUGUAAGUAAUGGUGCAAGUAGGAAGUUAAAGAAAGGAGCAACAAAUACCGAUAAGGAGAACCCCACCAAGGGAACAAACAGAAGUAGAAGAAAAAACACCCAAGUGAAGGAGGAACCUUCUUCUAAUGAAACACUCCCCAAGGGGAAUGUACAGAUAAACGCCAAGGGAAAUGUUAAGACAAAUGCCAACAUAAAUGUCAAGACAAAUGCCAAAGGAAUUGCCAAAGGAAAUACAAAGGACAAAAAAGGGAACGCUGAUGUGAAGAACAAAAAAAAUAGUAAUGAUUCCUCUGUGAAGAAAAAGCCAAAGGAAUUAUCCAAAAAUGUGAAUAAUCGAAAAAACAAAAAAAGAACCCACGUGAAGGUGAAAAUUGAAAACGAAGCCUCCAAAAAAGAACAGGAAGAACACAAUUACACAGGAAUCAUAUACAAUGACAAGAACAAAUUUUAUUUUAAUGUUAACAAAAUUGUGGAUAUAAUAAAGAUGGUUAAGGGAUCGGAGGAGAAAACCAAAUUCUUCCUAGAUGCCCAUAAUAAUAAUACGAAGAAGAAAUGGAGGCUUUUAAAAAAAGUGGAGAAAACGUUAUUUCUGGAGAAUCUUGUCAUGGAUGAUGAGGAUGUGCUUUUUAGGAGACCCAAGUUUUUUAACUGCAUAAUUGAAGAAUCCAUUGAUAACUACAACGUACAGUACGAAGGGGAGAAUGGGAUGAUGCACCUGUUCGAGAAUAAGUUGGAUCGACUGAAAAAGAAAAAGGUGGGUAAUAAAGUAGAAGCGGAUGCAGCCAACAAAUAUAUCGAAUUGAAGGAUGAAGAAAAGGGAUUUAAAUAUAUUGGUUAUCGCGUUAGUUUUGAUCUAAAGAAGGACAACAAAAAGAAAUGUAACUUCAAGACAGGCAUUAUAAAGUAUUACUCCCCCAAAUAUAAGCAGUUUUUUAUUCACCAUAUAGAAAAUUUCAAAUACAGCGGAUCCAUGACGGAUUCGCCGAAGAGAACCAACAGGGACAUGGCAUACUCAAGAGGAGGAAGCAAAUCAAGGACCACCUCCCCAUCGUUGUACAACAAUUCGAAAGAGUAUCACACUUUGGCCGACCUAGAACAUGCACAAUAUGGUGAGAUCGACCAGGACAUGAGGAAACAGAUCAGCGAGAGGAAGAACGAAGAAGGGCUAGGUGUAGAGAUGGUGAAUCAGAACAAUCAGUGCAUAGUCCAAAGGAAAGAAGAAAUGAUGUACCUCAAUUAUGAGACAAAGCUAGAUGAAGAAAAUGGAAAGAAGAAAUGCGAUUUUAUAUACUCAGAUGUGAAAGGGUGGUAUUCCCCCCACUUCUACAACAUAAAGGUGCUAAAGACUGUGAAGGAAUUUGAGCGCUUUGAUAUAUUUGAUAAAAAUGACAAAAGGAAAGAGCAAAUCGAUUACAGCCUGUUGAACAAAAAAGACGAAUGUUCCAUAUGUAAGAAUAACAUUCUAUUUAUUAAGGGGCAUGAUCAUUACACGAGCAGCCUCUCCACCAUGAUAUAUGACUUAAGCAGCGAAGUGAAGAAAAAGGAAAUUGAUGAGACAAAUAUGAUCAACCUGUACUGGGGCGUUAAGUGUUUUAUCUGUUCGAAGAAAUUCCACGCCGAAUGCCUCGACGAAGAAGUGAUAAUCACUAAGGGGUAUGACAAAAAUGUGCUAAUGAAGGAGUAUAAAAAGUACAUUUAUAAGAACAGCUUGAAGAAGGAUAAUAAAUCCUUGAAGCGUGAUAAGGGUAAGGGCGCGAGGAGUGGCAGCAAGGACGAAAAAUCGAAAAGGGUGAAGAAGAACACCAACCACUUUAGCGAUUCGAAAUGCAUCGGAAGAGGGGGAGACUCUAAGUCGAACCAAAAUAAAAAAAGUGCCAAUGGGAAAAGAACCACCGGGAAUAGCAAGAACGGGUGCAGCAAGCGCGCGGAGCAUUCGUCGAACAAUCUGGUGAAGGAGGAAAAUAAUGACGCGGAUGAAAAGAACAACAGGAGCAAGAAAAAGAAAGGAGGCAAGGAAUGCACCAGCGAAAAGGAAAACGCUAAAAAUAAUUACAGUGAAAAUGAUUAUAAGAGUGACGACAAAGAGGACAAAAACAAAAGCGAUGAGUUGAAUGAUGAAGAAGACAGUGAUGUGGAAGAAACAAACAACUGCACAAAAUCGAAAAGUAAAAGGUCCAGGAGGUGCAUUAAUUACGUUCCAGCUGUGAAGUACAGUGACAUGAAUUACAAAAAAUAUGUGUGUAAAGACUGCUAUCGAUGCAUAUAUUGUUGUGAGAGUAUAUACAAUUAUAAGCAGACGCCCAAUAUAGCCAAUUAUGUUAUAUGCAAAACGUGUAACAUGGUUGCCCACGGAUCUUGUUGUUUCCCUAAUGUGCCCGACAUUUACGUCUUUAAUUGGAAAUGCGACGAAUGCCUGAAAUGCAACAAAUGUGAUUACUCCAAUUUGUGCUUCAUUAACUACAACGAGUGGGAGUUUCACCUGGACUGCUGCAUCAGCUGCUACAAAGAAUAUGAGAAGAAAAACUUUUGCAUCAUGUGCAAUCAGAAGUACGAAAUAGAUGAUAGUAACAAGUGGGUGCAAUGUGAUGUGUGCAAAUUUUGGAUUCACCUAAGUUGUGAUAAAAAUGAAAGUAGAAAUAUUGAAACAUUGUCCAUAAAAAGUAUCAAUUAUAAGUGCCCCACAUGUAGGUCGGGUUCAUUCCAUGAUAAAAUCGAGCGAAUUCUUUACCUAUUCUUCCUGCUCGAUAAGUACAAAAAUUUCACCUUCCACGUACCUAUCAACUUUUACAUCUACUGGAGAAUUGUCAAAAUACCAAUGAACCUUUACAUUAUGAAGAAAAAAAUAUGGGAGAAGAAAUACAACACCAUAUUGGAAUUCCUCUACGACUUUUUCCUGAUCAUACAUAAUGCCAAAACCGUGCAUAUGCCCAACACCCCAAUUUAUAAAAAUGCCUGCAUCUUUGAAAAGAAAGGAAAAAUUAUUAUAAAGAAUAUGUUCAAUUUGGAGCAUGAGGAGCUCAACAAAUUCAUUGAUGAUUGCCUACUGACUUAUAAAAAGGCCACAAAUGAAGAGGUAGCCAAUGAUAAUAACAAAAUGGAAGAGGAGAGUAAAAAUUACGAGGGUAUGUUGAAAUCCGGUGGGCAUAAACUAACCGCUACCCUCUGUAACAGUAGUAGGGACGAUAUACUUGGCAAGAAUUUCGACAAUCAUAUGGAUAAUAGGAAUGCUGCUUUUGAUUCUUACCACUCUGAAAAUAUGAAACAUUUUGGCUACCCUGGAAUUGGCAAAGAGGUGGUGCCUACUGUGGGCGAGUUUACCAAAUCGGGCUUCUACCCGCACCAAGAUGGUGAUACCACCCUUAAGUGGGGAAAUAAAUAUCGAGAUGCAGCUGCACUGAACUUUGGGGGAAGCUCACUCGUUAAUGAUCAUAGUAUGCAGGAAGGGGUGCACAUGGUACCCGGUUGCAUGAAUAACCCCAACGAUAGGACAUAUCAAUCAAAUAGUUUUCUCAACGCAGAUGGUUCAUUUCAAAGUGGUAUUGCAAAGACUGGCACAAACAUGCAGUUAUACAUGAACGGGACCGAUUUAUAUAAUGAUUACACUUCAAUGGAAAAGAAGAACCUCAUGGGAAUGUACGAUAAGAAUGCUGUGGAUAUGCCCACAAGUAAGGAUGAUAUCGUUUUAUACAACUUGUGUAACAACAAUGUGGGUAAGAGCCUUUUAAACAAUAACUUGCUUAGGAAGAGAAAAUUGGAGAUGCUAGACAGGGACAUCACGCAGUAUGAGUUACACGAACUGUUCAAUUUUAAACGCGACUGUGUUUUUAUCCACAACAAUAAAGAAAUGUUUGUUCCGCAAAAUUGUGGCAUAACCAGUUAUAACAUCCUUACCGUUAAUGUGAAGGGUAAAAUUUAUUUUAACAGAUCUUUUGACAGAUUUGACGAAUUUGACGUUUGUAAGAUAAGGAAGAUACAUGUUUUGACUGGGGGAAGUUUUUCCUCUAGCUGUAGAAGAUCAGAUAAGGAUGAAUUGUCUUCCGAGGGAAAUGUCCAAAAGGGUUACUACCAGAGCAGUAAUGAAGAGAAAAUUCCCCUUGUAGAUAAUCACCCUCAUAGUACGUCAACAAAGGAGGAUGCAAAGGGGGAAAAGAAGAUACAUUCCAAUCGUGGCAAUUCAAACGUAUUUAUUAAUGAUAACAUAUUCAUGAUUGACAUCAAGAAGGACAAAAUAAAAAUGAAUAACGUCCUUAAGGAGGAGACCAAGAUUGUCAACCCAGUGAACAAUGCCUACAAAUUCCUGAAGUGUAUUCAGAUUGUUUUUUUUGGCCAGCAGGGUCCAAAUGAAUAUACCUCAUCGAAAAAUGUGUCAUCUGUAAGAAUGAACUAUGUUACAAACCUCGUUAACUACAGCAGUAGCGAUAAUGACAGUACGGAUGAUAUAGCAGUGGAACAUGUUGAUAGGAACAAAAAAGGGGGGGCUAUAUCCCUCGAUGAUAUCAUUUCUCAUAUGGAGGGAAGAACUGCCAAAGGGGGAUCAAAAAAGUGGUGCCACAAUACAAAUAGGAGAAACGCCCCUAAUUGUCAUCCCGUUAGAAGAAACCCCAUGGGGAAACACGUGACAAAUAAAAAAAUACAACUUUUCAACAAUGAUAUUUUGAAAGACUACUGUCAUUUUUGCGGAUGCAUAGAGUAUAAGGGUCCACUGGUUUACUGCGGUGUAUGUGGGGUGUCCUUUCACUACACCUGUGUUAAUAUUUCCAACCCCUUUUUGUUUAACUUGGCUGGUUAUGUAGAACACAGGAAGGAGAUAAAUCAUAUUUUUAACGUAAUUACGAGGAACUUUAAAUGUAAUCAAUGCAUUAAGUGUGAAAAAUGCAAUACCCACUUUAGCGACGCCAUUAAGGAUACCUUCUACUCGAAUAUCACCUGUAUGGAUACGUGGAGUGGAAACCAUUUUACGAAAGAAGCAACAUUCAAUUAUUUGUACAAUUUGAAGAUAGAGGUUAUGACUCUGAAGAAUGAUAAAAACACACAGAAGAGAAAAAUGUUGACGGAUAGCGAAGCUCUGGAAUUUGGUGAAAAAGGGGAGGUAGCAUCUCCCAUGAUUAGCGAAUUGAAUGAAAGUCCAAAAAGUGAACAAAGGAGCAUACAACAGUCCUGUGAGUUUGCAAAUGUGAAACUAGUGGAAACCACGGAAAGACGGGAAAGCUGCUCUGUAAACACUGAACCCGCCAUGGCCACAAUGGACAACCAAAACAUGAAUGAUAAUCGUCAGCAGGAUAGGCACAGGAACCAACUGGGUAAUAAUAACUCACACAUGAGCUCAAAAAAGAUGAAGAAGCAAAACAGCAUCGACGUGGACAGCCAUUUGAAAGGUCAGAUAGGAGACCCAAGUACCACUUGCACCAUCGCUGAUGUCAGAGAUGAAUCCAAAAAUAUCCAAACGAAUAGCGAAAUAGAGUUAUCACCAAAAAAGAAAAAAACGUCGCCCAAGAAAAGAACAAGUAUUAGUAAAAAAAAUGAAGAAAAUGAAAAGAUGGACCAAAGUGCCCCAAAUAAUAUUAUCACCAUACUGAGUGUACAUGAUCAGACGCAAAAGAUAAUAAAGUGCUUCUGCUGCGGAAAAUCUGCACACAAUGAAUGUUUUUAUCGAAUAGAUAAUAGCGGGGACAGUGGCGAUAAGAACGACCACGAUGUGCAUAAAAAGGGUGUAAGGAGUAUAUUCAAAAAGUUCUGCGUAAAAAAGCAUCAUAGUAAAAAAAUGGGUUCGCCUGGAAAAUCAGAGAAAGGGUUAUAUACCUCAAACUCGGGCCAUUAUGUGCCCCGACAGGGGUGUAUUUUGCAUAGAACCUUCAACGAGGCGACCUUAUCAAUGAGCAAAAAUAACACACCGAUGAAAAGUGAUCAAAUUGGGGAGGAGUCAAACGCAGUAGAUAGGAACAACUUGAUCACAUCAUUCGUAUCGCAAGAUAAUGACACGCCGACAAGCACUACAGAGACAACGAGCGCUGCGGCGAUGAUGGUGAUGGUUCCACCCCCCAUUAAAUCGAACACACCGAAGAAAGAUAAAUUAGGGGGAGACCUCAGCAACAGUCAUAUCGUUAGUGAGGAUAUCCACACGAGUGUGAAAUGCACUGUGAAUAGAAACAGCGGAGAUGAAUGCACUACCCAAUCGACCAUCAUUAAUAUUAACAGCAAUGUUGAAUGUUCCAUCCUGAGCAGCAAUGUAACUCUACUUAAACCGAACGAAACUAACACAAGCGAAAACUGUCUACUGAAUAAUGAAGUCAACAAUAAUGGCGUCAUUCCGAGUGAUGAGUUUGUGAAGGAAUUUUUAACAGAUGGGAAAAAAGCUGAAACACACGCCGAAACUGUAGUUAUAAAUAGAAAGGUGUAUAAUAAAAACCUCAUAAGUGAGAUAUACGAUUUAAUAAGGCAGAAGAAAAAUGUAAAAGUGAAAAACUUAUUGCAUUUAUUUGUUCCCAAUAUUGACGAAGCUGUGAUGUAUUCCGUACUCAACGAAAUUUUGAAAGGGCUAUACAGUUACCUUAACAAGGAAUUGAAUCACUACAGAUUGAACAAAAAUUUUAACAGCGUUGUGAAGAUGGAUCAUGUGGAUAAAUCUAAAAAGGAAAAACACCACCUGUUUGAUAAGAAGAAUCUUAUUACUGAUAAUAAUGACUAUAUGAAAAUUUCAGAAAUGUUGCUAAAAAUUAGCGCCUUAAUUUUGGAGACCUUUUCUGUGCCUGUGAAUAGGAAGGCAUCAAAUGGGAAACCCCGAAGCAGGAGGAGUAGCGCAUGUUGUACAAAAAACGCAUUUAAUGAUAAUCCAUGUGAACGCACCAUGAGCCAUACUAGAAGUGAAUAUUUUAAAGGAAACUAUCCCUGUAGCGUGCAGGUCAGAAAUCAGGUGAACAAAAACAAUGACACACUGCUACUUGCAACAAAUGGCGAUAAUGCAUUCGGGACUCCGCCCUAUUCUGUGCCUUGCACCGAGAAUAAUAAAACUGGCCAGAUUGACCUCCACACAUUUGGCACGUAUGAAAUGAAGCUCUGUAGCAGCGUGAAUGGGGUUAACAAUUUCGAUACGGCGCAUAAUGGGAACAGUGUUGCCAACUUUAUGGACGUGACGAACGCGGAUGAUGUAAACGUUGCUGGCGCCACGGCAGAGUUAGGCGACCUUGGCGAACAUGCCACUCCCAAAGUACUGAACCUGACCAGCAGGAACAACAAAAACGGCACGUACAUGAACAAGAGCAUAAACAACAUUGGCUGCACAUUUAACGAAAAGAACAUCGAAAAGUUGACCUCCCCCACAAGGAAAAAUAACAACUGUGGAUACAGUGCACCCAAUAUGAAUUGUAGCCCUGUCAGGAAAAUAAUCAAUUUUGAUAAAACGAACAAUUUGAAGAUGAAUGUGAACACUGUAAGCACUUUCUCCGCUUGUAGCUCGAACGUAGACGAUCUGGGUUCUAUGCACGGUAGGACCGUGAGCUCACCCAUGGGCAGUGUAAGCAAUUACAGCAACGUCCUCAUGGUGAACAACACGAGCAGUAUAAGCGGGGUGAGCGCCGGGGUUGGCCUGAACAGCUUGCAUAAUAUAAAUGGCAUAAGCAGUGUUAACAAGGCCAACACUUUCAACGGAGAAAUCCCCUGCAGAAGCAGCAGUGUCACGCUCCAGAAUGUAAGCGUAGAUGUAGGAAGCAACAUAUACAACCUAAUUAGUAUGAAGAACAAUGUCAACACAUCCAACAUGAGUGACUUCGUGGAUAACGCCUCCAACGUGAAAGAUAUAAAUAUCACGCAGAAUAUUAGCAUAUUCAAUAAUAACAAUGUGAUAAUAAAUGUGAACGGCGUGGAGGGAACAAAGGAACCCUUUGUGAACUAUGCCCACUUGGGGAACACGCGCGCCACUAACACGAUGAGUGGCAUAGGCAACGUGAUAAAUGUGGGAGCAAUGGGAAAGACCAUCGGGGUCAUAAACAACGUGGGUGGUAUGCAAGACGUCAACGGUGUCAUAACAGAUAAAGGGAUGAACAACCCCGAUAGUGCCAUUCGCUCAGGAGGAACCUUGUUCGGUGAGAACCCCAUAGGGCAUAUUAACAACAUAAACGAAAUGACCCACCCAUUUUGCAAAACCACCUACGCGAAAGACGCAGGACAGGCUUACCACUACAACGAUAAUAUUAAAUCAUGCAGCGUGCACAUGAACAAUCAAAAAAAUGUAGACAGAAUGAAUCAUGGAAGAAGUUAUAGCGAUAUGAUUAACUUGCAUUAUGUAAAGAAUUGCAACAUGAACAAUGAUAGAAAUAUGCCAAGUAAUGUGCCAAGUAUAUUUGUAAAGGAUUCGAACAUGCAACCUCCAACAACUGCAUAUGCACAAGGAAAAGUGGAUUAUGAAGUGAACGAAAUGUCACAGGAAAAAAAUGUGUGCCGCACGUUUAUACACAAUGACAAAAGUAACAUGUGCAAAAAUAAUUACUAUUUUUAUAACCAAUUGGGAAAUCAUAAUAACUCCCCUGUGAACCACGAAAUGGCAAAUGUGAAUAUGCCUUUGGUUUAUUGUACCCCUCUGCGGAAUGGUAGCCAUAAUUUUAAGCCUAGUAUGAAUGCUACACCGUUUAAUGGCAAGAUAAAUGGUGAAAGCCUCGAACUGAACAGAAAAAUAAUGGUCAAUGUAAAUGCUAGUAAUGAACAAUCCAUUUUGUAUAAAGAUAGCAGCAACUUCAUUUUGCAAAGUAAGGACGUGUCAGAUGUUAACAGAGAUGGAAGAAGCAACUCCGAAUUUCACAAUAUGAAAUACAGCAAUAUUUCCCAUGCGUCUGAAGUGAGGAACCCGAAUAAUAAAUUCAAUGACAUGUACAACGGAUAUAGUAAAAAUAUCAACAAGAAAGAUCAGACCCACACGAAAACGCUACUCAAGUCCAACAUCCCCAAUCUAGAAAAAUUUAUAAAUAGCAGCAAAAAUAAAAAGUCCAUUCCGACGAAUGAGAAGUUGGCUGCGGAGGGGAACAUAUGUGGAAAUGUGUGCGCAAGAAAUUACAAUUACAACUAUAGAUACGGCAGCAACCAUAGCAGCGGCAGCUUCGACCCGAGCGUAUUCAGGUGUAAUGUAAACGCAUCCUCCGUGGCUUACGCGAAUGAAAGGGGAAAUGUGUUAUGUGCAGUAUAUGACGCACCGAAUGUGAACCCCAACUUUGCGACCAACAGAUUACAUAAAGAAAAUAAGCUCAACAUAGGGAUUGCAAAAAAUAUUUCUAACAACGGAGAUCAUGUAGUGAAAAAUGUGCACAAGUGCAUCCUCCCACUAGGAACGGUUAAGAAGGAGUGCAUUCUUUAUAAUAACAAUGACAAAAAUGAGAUCCACGUAAAUGUGUGCACGGGGGUGAAGUAUAACAUUCAAAAAGACCAAACCAAUGCAUAUGCAGCAGGGACAAAGGGAGCAGAACUGGUUAGGAGUAAGAAAGGGGAACUCAAGUAUUACUGCAAGAAUAUUUUGAUCAAGAAGGAAAAUGCAGCUAACGGCAUGAACGGGGUAAAAGGAUUGAGUGCAGCCAAUGUCAAUCAGUUGGACAGCGGUAAUAACGAAGCAGAAUUGAAUAACAAUGUAAGCGAGCAAAUGGAGAACAAGAAAAAGGAGGGAGCCAAUUCCGCGUGCAACGCGAAAGAGUGUAAAAAGGAAAGAACCAAGACGGAUCAAAGCACAACAGAAAAUGGAGAUCAAAAUAAGAAUGUUAGGAAAAAGAAAGGAAAGGACAAAAAUGAACAGGAUGAAAAGGCCGAAAAAGGAGGCAAAAGGAAGGUUGUGGAAAAGGGUGAAGAAAAAAAAGACGAAAAGAAAGUAGUAGAAAAGGCCGAAAAGAAGCCAGCAAAGAUGGUGAAGAAGAACGCGGAAAAAAAAGAAAUUGACAAAGAGAAGAAGGAAAAGGAACAGGAAAAAAGUAAGGAUAAAGCGAAAGAAAAGAAAAGCAAGGACACAAAAGGGGAAAUAUGUGAAAAGGAUUUGAAGCCGACUAAAACUUCCAAAAUACAAAAGGAAAAAAAAGGGGUCAAAAUGAAAAAAGAGGAAUCCUCACAGGAGGACAAAAAAGACGGAAAGGAAAAGAAAAGAGUUCAGAGAAAAGGUAAAGGGGAUGAAAAAAAAAAAGGAACAAAAACAAAUGAAAAUGCAGAAGAAAAGGGAGAAAAGAAAGCGAACGAAAGCAGGACAUCGCAGGUGAAAACGAAGAAGGAAACUAACGAUGGAAAAGUUGAUACAGAGAAUAAUAAUCUUGCAGAGGAUAAAGUACACGAGAUGAGGGGGAACAGAAGCUCCUCCAUUAUUUCCAUUAGCAGCAAGAUUGCUUGUGGCAGCACAUACAUUUCUGAUGUUGCUCCCAAUAAUUGCAACAUGCAAGGUACAUGUAAAAUGGAUGAUGGUUACAUGACAGAUACCGAUGAGGAGCUGUGUCUUUAUGCGGACGCUUCAGAAUCUGAUAACUCUACUAUGAAUAAAGGACGGACAGGAAGUAAUAGGAAGAGAAACAGAAUAAACAAAUUAAAGGGAUUUUUGAAGAGGAAUAAGUUCGUGUUGAAAUCCAAGUUCAAGAGAAUCACCCCGAAUACGUACCUUUGCCAUAGCUGCGUUGUCUUGUACAAAAAUGACUUUUCCUUUAAUGCGUUUACGGAGGAGAUCGCGGCGGUUGAGAAGAGUGCGUGUGCCAGUGGUAACCAGGGGAGCGUCUUUAACGAAACUAAUGUUGUCCAGGUUAAAGGAGAAAUGAUGGAGCUGGAGGGAAAAAGCAUAAGCAAGGGCAUUGCUGAUGAAGGGAAGGAAGAAAAAAUCCCCGAGGGAGCUGGUGAUGGAAUAACUAACAGCACGAACACGAUUAAUGAAGGAACCGUGGAACCGUUAUGUAAUACCAAUGCAUGUGAAGAGCUCGUAUAUGUCGAUGCGAAACACGGCGCAGGAGGUGCAGGCGAUGAAGGAAAUGAAGCAGCGAAUUUGAAGGACGUAACGAAAGAUGGCCAAAAUGUAGAUGCUGCUUUCCCUGGGUGUGACGAAAAAAACGCACCUAUUAAUAGAACACAUGAUAGUAAAGGCGACGACAGGGGAGGCAACAAUCGUGAGGAAAAGGACUACUUCAGGAUAAGAAACGAGCUCAGUGGAAAACAGGACCCGGACUGGAUUUACUGGAUGAACAAAAUAUCCGCGCACAAUAACAUCUUCUUCAACCGUGCCUACUUAAAGGAUAAGAAGUCAGGCACAAAUGUGAGGCACUUCUUUGAAACCAGGCCAGACGUUUACAAAUGCUCCAUUUGUUGUAUGAUCUGUGAAUACAAAAUUGGCAAGCGUGACAACAGUGCGCCUGACAGAGUGGCUGAAAAGAACGCAGAAAAAAACGCAGAGGACGAAAGCGGCAAUUUCAACGUUCUCUUCGUGUGCAACGCAUGCAGUUUACGUCAUGGGCAAAUUCAGAAGUAUAUAAUGGCAUACCCCGAAAAUAGCAGUCACAGAAACAAGACUAUGCUCAACUUGAACAAGGACAGAAAUGAAAAAAGGAAGUUGUAUGAAUUGGUUUAUUUCGUGAUAAAAAUGAGCCUUAGAUUUAUGUACUUUAAGAGGAAUGUUUUUGAAGCAUUUUGUCGUCUGCUAGAUGAAUUUCUCCGAAGAAAUAAAUCAAAUGUGAAACUACUCUACCGUUUAUAUUUUAGCAAGGGCUAUUUUAAGUGUAAUGAGUUUUUUCCCUUUUUUAGCAACAAAGUUAGGAAGGAUGAUCAGUUAAGACGGCUAUUUCAUAGCAGUGGUAGUAUGGUCAUGUCUUUUGCAUCGACAGACCUACAUGUUAUGAGAUAUGCUCUGAACCUCUUUUGCAUGAGAAUAUCCGCUUGUGCUAGGAAAGUAAAAAGAAAAUCGAGUGGCGUCACGGGUUCAGUUCACAUGUCCCUCGCGGCUAGGAAGUUACUAUUUUGUUAUUAUAGAAAAGGGGUCUCCAGUGCGGCUGGAAAUGGGGGAAGCUACUUUGAGCACAUCGUCAGUUACUCUGUUUAUUUGUUGCAUUUGUAUUACUUGUACAAGGUGCACGUCAGUGGGGUGAGGAUGAAGCGAAUGUGUAAAGGGGCAGGCAAGGCGGCAUGUGAAGCAGAACUAGGGACAGCAGGACGCGAAAGCGAAAACACACGUGGUUUUACGCAUGGAUGUACACUUGAGGGUGCCGCGAAAACCGUGAAGAAGGUCCGCAUUGUAGAGAGGUUAAAAAGGAGAAAACUUAACCACAAUUUAUUUUUCAAAAUGAAAAACACCGAGGCCUUCGCAGAUGUCUUACGAACGUUAAACCAGGGCGAGUCGGAAUGGCCUUUCCUGCAUAGGGAAAACCAUGUGCCAAAAAUGGAUUUGGCGAAUACCUCCCGCAGUAGCAGCGCUUGUAGGAAAGGGCAGCAAAAGGAAGAAAAGUCAGAAUUGUUUACAAAACCAAAUGCCAAAGGAGCGGCCUCCCUUUUGUUAUAUGAGGAAACGUGCGAUGAAUACAAAAAGGAUGGUCAAAAUGAGAAGGACCAGCUUACAGUUAGCCCCUUCUACAGUAGCGAGUACCAAAAGAAAGUAAAGCAAUAUAUAAAGAAGAUCAAAUGCACCAUAAAAAAUAAAUUAAAUUUAUAUGUGAAGAUUAUGCUUAAUAUGUACAGGCAGGAAAGCCUGAAUAUGAUAAAAUGCAAAGGCACUGAUAAGAAAGGCCUCAGGCAAAAGAACAAUGAGACUUGCCUUUUGUGCCAUUACGGUAACUACCUGUAUAAGGGAAGGCUAAUCCCAUUUUAUGAUAUUUUUAUUCAUAGCGAAUGUUUAAAAUGGAGCCUAAAUUGCAUACAAUACUAUAAGUUGAAUUGCAGUGUGUGCGAGUGCCGUAGUAGGAUUGGCAAGGGGGCAACGGAAUCCAAGGUGGAUGAUAAGAAGAAUCCCUCGAAUAAUAAAAAGGGAUCAAAGAGCUCGUCAAGCAAAAGAGGAAAAAAGAAGCCCGCAGCGAGUGCUUCAUGUUCGGUUAAGAAUGAGGCAGUAGGAGGAACUAAGGAGAGUGUCGACAGGAACAAUACACACACUGGUGGACAGGUUAGAAGCGCCAAUGGAAAUAUUUCCCAUGUUGGAGGUGCCCACCUGAGCAGCACCCAUGUAAGUAACAACCACCUUGACAGCCAUACGAACAAAAGGGACCAUCCGAACGGCGCAGGCGAAACGCGCGUUAAGGGGGAAGAAUUUUGCGGGGAAAACCAAGCAGGUCAGCACAACCCUAGUGAGGAAAAUUUAUCAAAAGAAAGGACCACACCGGAAGAAAACAUAAACGUAAAGAAGAGCAUAAAAAAUAUAAAACUAAGGGAUAACUUCUGCUGGACAGAAAAUAAAAACUUCUUCCAUAACUACGAACAUAUAAUCGAAAUAGACGAAGAGGAUGUGAAGGAAAUAAUUUAUGACUCCAUCAAUUCUACGUGCUUUCUGUGUGGUUACAAGAAUGCCAGCAUAUAUUGCAGCAAUGAAAAUUGCAACAUAAAAUUUCACCUCAAUUGUGCUUUUUACUCUACCAUGGUAAAGAAUUCUCAUCAGAAUAUAUUUUUUUAUUAUUUAAAAUGUUUCAAAUUGAUUAAAUUUAACAAGGACACCAUUUUCUACACAUAUUGCCACCCAUCGUCCAAUAGUGCAGAGGAAAAGGAACUAGUGCAGUCGCUAUAUGAGGAUAUAUUCCCCGUGCACAUUAUCUACAAUAUAAAAAAAGUGUGGUGCAAUAAGUGCUGGAAUGCCAAGAAGAUAUACAACUCGUUCUACAUAAAUAAGGAGAACAUGCAGUGUUCCAGUAGAGAGGAACCAAGCAAAGAUGUGGAAAUGGUCAAGGGAACACCAUCGAAAAAAGAGAAAGACGCGAAGUGUACGGCGAAAGGUGGGGAAGUGAUCCAAGGUGAUGUUACCCCUGCAUGUAGUAAGCUCAAACAAGAUGAUGCCACAACAGGUGGGUUAAAUCUGGAGAGAGAAACAGAGGAUCAGAACUAUGGGGCAAGCGAGCAGGCAGGGACAGGAGAAAAUAGUCAAAUAUCAGCUGAAUCGAAAAUUAAACGUAUCACACAUAGGAAAAAAAUAAACGUAAUUGAAAGUCUGAGAAACAUUUACAAACAUUUCAUCCACUUCUAUUAUGAAAACGGAUCGUACUAUGUUAUGGAUAAAAUUCUGUACAGCAUAAAUGAGUGUGUGAGGAUAAGGUAUAGAAGGAAGCCCCUGAUAUCGCUGCAAGAAUUAUUUAAUAAGGAAAGCAAGAUAAAAAGCAAAAUGAAUCAUUUGGAGAAUAUCAUUAACGAAUGUGCCAACAAAAAUGAUGAGAAGUGUUUCAUUAACCAUAGGUAUCAGUUGCUAUUUGAGAGCAAGGUGCAAAACGAUGAAGUCACAAAUGAGCAGUUAAUGAAGAAAAAUGGUGCAUACAAUAAUAGCGAUGUGCAUGAAGAGAGCGAAGCAUAUAGAAAUGACGUAAAUAUGCAAAGCAUUAUUGACAAUAAAAAUGUGGAAAAUAUCUUCAAGUCCUAUUUUAUCCUCAAAUAUUUUUUAUACAUUGGUAGAGAAAUAACACUAAAGAAUGAGGAGUAUUUUUUUUUAAAAAAAAAGGAGAAUUCCUUUGUUAGAUAUGUUUAUUCGAAUGAUGAACAGACUUGCAACAUACAUUUGCCCCACGUGCUUUACAGCAAUGCGGUGGACGGAUUGGGUACCUCAUUGCGAAAGGAUACAACUACCCAUGUGAAGGAUAAGAGCCACAAAGGGAAUUUACCAGCAACGAAUGAGCAAGUAGGAAAUGAUAACUGUGAACGGCAAGGGCAGCAACCUCAGCAGUUGCGUAAGAUUUGCUACACGACCUUCAUCGACGACGAAUCCGAAGGGGACAAUGACAACUCGGAGAAUAACAUCAGCAGCAGUAGCGAAAACGAAAUGGAAGAAACGGACAUGGCGUACUACUGCAGUAAAGAAACGAAAGACAAACAAAUGAAAAGCAUUAACCUUUACUUCAAGCUAAAGGAUGUCAACAGAAAGGUAAAUAUAACGAGGUUGCAACGGGUUAGUAAUUAUAGCGACCGUAUGGAGAGCAGUGAUACCGUGGCACUGUGCUCCAACGCAGACGAUAAGAGCGAACAAAAGAAGAGAACAAACAAGGGGAAUGGAACCACCACUACGGUAGCCGUGGGAACAUGUACCAGAAUGGCAAGUGUAGAACAAAGCACUUGCGAAAGUAACAGCUUAAAGGACAAUAAGGACUCUUUGUUAAAUACGAUUAUAAGUGAUACGAACGAUGUGUUUAUCAAGCGAACAAAUGAAAAGCUAUUCUCGCACUAUAAGUUCAAUUGUAGAAAUAAUAUGAACCUCGCAAAGUGUAGAAUUAUAAAAAUAGGUUGUCACAAUAUCUUACACAUGGGAGAAAUUAUAAAAUAUAAUGGAGAGAAGAGAAUAUACCCCUGUGGUUUUGUGAACAUGAGAAUAUUUUUUAAUUUGCCCGCCGCAUUUCUUUUUCAUAUUUAUAAAAACGCAAUUUUUGAUGACGAGGAUGAAAAGAAGAAAACCUUGCAGAGGAUAUUUUUACAAAUACGUGCCACGUACAUUUUCUCCAUUACUUUGAAGAAUGAACAUUUUUUCUUUUCCAUCAUGCUAUUUCCCUUAAUAAGCGUUGAUCAUUUUUCCGUAACUGAUGCUCAGAAAUUUGUUUUAGCGGAAAGUCAUGACAUACAGGAAGUACAUACAAAAUUUUUGUCUCUUUUUAAAUUCCCCAAUGGAGAUCUUAAUAAUGUGCACAUGUCGGAUGAAUAUAAAAAGUACGUCGACAGGUAUUCCCAGUUGCUUGAGCUGAUGCAGAGUUAUAUCUUCAAAUCUGUGCAACACAACGUCAAGGCAGUCGACCCGCAUGACUUCUUCGGCUUGACCCUCCCGUGCGUUAUCUAUCAAAUGAAAUACAAGCUCUUUAAAUAUUUGUGGAAAUGUGUGAACAACAGGAUUAGCAAUUACAUUAGGAGGUCCGGGAAAAGGGAGCAAUUCAAAAAGAGGGUAAAGAACUGCACGCGGGAAGUCAUAUACAAUGACAACUUGCUGUGUAAGUACUCCAAUUUGGACACCUCAAUUUUUAAGGAGAACGAAAAGGAAAAGGAAAAGAACAUGAGGAAAACGGUCAAGUAUAAGUACAACAUCAACAGCGCAAUGUCGUACCGCUACCUAAUGAACAUCUCGUCCAAUUCGCGGCUGUACGUCAAGAAGAGCAGCAUUCAUGGAUAUGGCCUGUACACGUGCGAAUUUAUUAAUGAGGGAGAGCCUGUCAUCGAAUACAUUGGUGAAUAUAUUAGAAACAUAAUAAGUGACAAGAGGGAAAAGUAUUAUGACAAAAUUGAGAGUAGCUGUUACAUGUUCAGGCUAAACGAAAAUAUAAUCAUUGAUGCCACCAAGUGGGGAAACGUGAGCAGAUUUAUCAACCACAGCUGCGAGCCAAAUUGUUUUUGUAAAAUAGUAAGCUGUGAUCAGAACUUAAAACACAUUGUCAUCUUUGCCAAGAGAGACAUUGUAGCGCACGAAGAAAUAACCUACGACUAUCAGUUUGGUGUCGAAUCGGAAGGAAAAAAACUCAUUUGUUUAUGUGGCUCAAGCACAUGUUUAGGAAGAAUGAACUAA